AUGAAAUUUUUUCCUCAAGUCGUUGCCGCUCUGUCACUGCUCCCCAGCACGCUCGCCGUGGAUCGCAAGUUGUCAGUCAUUGUUUCCUUUCCCAACGGGACUCCUGAGUCUGUUGUCGCCGAGGCACGACAGAAGAUUAUCGAUGGUGGUGGCCAAAUCACGCAUGAUUACCAGAUAAUUAAGGGCUUCUCCGCUAUUGCCCCCGAGAAAUCGCUCGAACUCGUGGAAGCUUUUGGGAGUGAUUACUCAAUUAGGGUGGAAGAAGACCAGGUCGUUACUGCGAACAGCGGCUGA